AUUCUGAUGAAAACACUUCUGUGAUAAAUCUUUACCAAAAAAUGUCGAUUUUAACGAUUGAUACAAAAACCUUCGUGGUUACAAUUGAUUCGGAAGAUGAAAAACUGAGCAUUUGCCUAACUGACUUCAAGGAAACUUACAAAUCUGUCUUAAGUCACGAAGAAGCGAUACAAAAAGCUAACAAAUUAAACCUUCACAUGGACUCCUUGGAAGCCGCUAAAGUUUUGUCAAUCAUCUCCGUUCCCUCUGAAGACGCAAUUUUCGCUCCUUCAGAAUCCUUUGAACUAAAAUUCAAAUACAAAAUUUCCGGCGUUCCAUACCGAUUUUCAUGGAAUUUGGAGAAAGUCGACAACAACGUGAUUCUUUUCCCACUUUUACACGCAAUGCUGAGGCAAAAACAUCAAAUUCGUGAGUUUCGAAAGUUGCCGAAUAGUGACCCUCAGAUGUUGGAUGAACUUCCGUCUUAUGGAGAUUUUGACGUUCGUGGCUUGUUGAGUGAUCAUAAAAAUAUUGAAGUAUUGAGUAAAAUGUGCAAAGAAGAGGUAAAAGUUAAGGAAUCGGAGCAAAAAAAGACGUCAAAGGAAGAUUCGUUCAAAAAAUCAUCGCUGAUCCAAAAUAAGGGAGCUAUGAAGUAUCAGGCAAUGAAACGAGGACUUUUUGCGGGUAAAAAUGUCGAGGAAUCAGACAGCUCUCAAAACGACAGUCAAGAUGCUGAAGAAGAAAAAAGGAAGAAAAUGAAGCUUUUGGAGAAAAGUAAAGAAAUGAAGUCAGAAGUGCCGAGAAAUCGAUUGCGGAAUAAAUUAAAAAUUUAAAUUUUCAGUAUUUUUAAGAAUUAAUUUCAACUUUUAAUUAAUUUUUAUCUUUUUUUUCAGCCAAAUGGAGUCUUAUAUGUAAAAAGUAAGAUUUUCCGGAA